AUGGAGGACUCGGAGCGUUUCCCCGGUCCGGCGGGUACUCCCACACCAUCCGGGGCGGGGACUAUCAAGAGGAUCCGAUUGGAGAACUUCAUGUGCCACAGUAAUCUACAGAUUGAGCUCGGCCCGCGGGUCAAUUUCAUCACCGGCCAGAAUGGGAGUACGUCUCUUUUUACCCCCUUUGUCUCGUUGGCGCCUCUUUGUGGUAAAAGUGCAAUACUUGCUGCAAUUUGCGUAGCCUUCGGAAGCAGAGCUAAGGGGACGCAGAGGGCGGCCACACUGAAGGAUUUCAUAAAAAAUGGUUGCAGUCAUGCUGCUGUUGAAGUGGAAAUAAAAAAUGAAGGACAUGAUGCAUUUAAGCAUGAUAUUUAUGGCGAUGCCAUAAUUUUAGAGCGUCGAAUCAAUCAGUCCGGUGGCUCCAUGACUCUAAAGGAUCACCGAGGAAGAAAAGUUGCAGGUCGGAAAAAUGAUAUUCAGGAGCUCAUUGAUCAUUUUAAUAUUGAUGUGGAGAAUCCUUGUGUAGUGAUGAGUCAAGACAAAAGUAGGGAGUUCCUGCAUUCUGGGAACAAGAAAGACAAAUUCAAGUUUUUCUUCAAGGCUACUCUUCUUCAGCAAGUUAAUGAUACCUUGCAAAGGAACACGGAAGGACUGAAGUCAGUAAGUGCCGCUGUUGAUGAAGACGAGGCUUCUAUUAAACCAGUAGAGAAAGAACUUGAAGACUUGCAGAGAAAAAUUAGAAACAUGAAGCAUUUGGAAGAAAUUUCUCAGGAGAUAGAGGUUUUGACGAAGAAGCUAGCAUGGGCAUUGGUUUAUGAUGUAGACAAGAAAAAAAAGGAGCACAUUGUGAUGAUGGACACACUCAAACAACGUGUUCCUGCUUGCCAAAGAAAGAUAGAUGAACAACUAGCUAAGAUGGAAUCGCUCAAGGAAAAAUCAUCAAAGAAGAAGGGUCAAAUUGAUUGCCUGAUUGUCAAAGCAUCGGAAGUGAAGAGUAAGCAGAAGGAAUUCGAGGAGUCUAUUUCUAUGGCCAGAAAGGAGAAGAUUGAGUUAGAAGAAAAGCAUAAGCGUGCUACUAAUCAGAUUGACGACAAGGAGAAACAAGUAUCAAAACUUAAGCGGCAAAUUGAGGAAAUUAAAGAGCAGCAUCUUAGAAACACACAGGCUGAAAAAUCUGAAACAGAGGAAAAGAUCAGAGAACUUAAACGCACAAUAGAUGCUGCAACCGACUCACUCUCAAGGUUAGAGAAUGAGGAAUUUGGCUCAACAGAUUACAGGGAUAAGAUAGAAGGUGAAACUGAUGAGAUUGCUAAACAGAUUUCAGAUAACGAGAGAAAACAAAAUGUUCAUCGGUCAGCCAUUAUAGAGCUUCAAAAUAACAGAAGAAACAAGGUCACAGCAUUUGGAGGAGGUAAAGUCCUUCAACUUCUGCGUGCAAUUGAAAACCAUCGUCAUCAAUUUAAAAGGCCACCAAUAGGUCCAAUUGGCGCUAAUAUGGCCUUAGCAAAUGAUGAUCGAUGGGCUCUAGCUGUUGACUGUGCGCUUGGGAAGCUGCUCAAUGCGUUCAUUGUGACAAAUCAUAGUGAUUCUGUUCUUCUAAAAAAUUGUGGAAGAGAAGCAAAUUAUGGUCACCUGAGAAUCUACAUAUAUGACUUCGAACGACCAAGGUUAAACAUACCUCCUCAUUUGCUUCCCGGUACAAAUCACCCAACUGUUCUAUCUGUUAUACAUUCCAGCUAUGAUACAUUGCUGAAUGUGCUGAUAGAUAUGGGUAAUGCAGAAAGGCAAGUCCUUGUCAAGGACUAUGACACCGCCAAGGCAGUUGCUUUUGAUCAAAGAAUGUCAAAUGUGCAUGAGGUUUACACGUCAGAUGGAUAUAGAAUGUUCUGUCGCGAGUCAGUGCAGACAGUGCUUCCCCCAAAUCAGUGGCUUAGUAAGCGUCUAUGUGCUUCAUUUGAUGAUCAAAUCAUUGAUCGUGAGCAACAGGUCCAGGUUCUUGCUAAAGAAGCUGAAGAUCUACGACAGAGGAAGCGGGAUUCUGAGGGAAGUCUACAUAGUCUUGGAGAAACACUGCGGUCAGCGAAGAAGAAACGCUGGGACGCUGAGCGGGAGUUGGCAUCUAUGAAACUAGAGCUGGAGGAUUUGGAGCGAUCAACUGACAGUGCUAGUAUGUCGCUGCCAACAUCAACUUUGGAUGAGCUUCAUGAAGAAAUUUCUAAGAUAGAAGAAGAGAUAAAGCACAAACAGACUACUGUAGAAAAGCUUCAGUUUGAAAUUGGAAAAGCUGAAGCAAAAUUUAAGGCUCUGAAGAUCUCCUUUCAGAGUUUAUGUGAUUCAGCAAAAGAAGAUUUCAAGACCCUGGAUGAUGCUGAGAUUGAGCUGACGAAGAUUGAGACUGAUCUGAAGACUGCUGAGAUGCAAAAAGAGCAUUACGAGAGUGUAAUGGCGACUAAAGUCAUUGUCAAGAUUGAAAAUGCCGAGGCAAAGCUUAGGGAGCUCGAAGAUGAGCGACAGGAAAGAUACAGGAAGGCUUCCAUCAUUUGUCCAGAGAGUGAUCUUGAAAAUUUAGGAGGAGCAUCAGAUGGACUAGAUAGCAGCAGUCCAGAGCAACUCAGUGCCCAUUUAAGUAUACGGAAAGAUAGGCUUCACAAGGAGAGUCAGCAGUAUGUCUGCGUGAAAGCAUUAGAGUUGCGGUGGAAGAAGUUCGAGAGCAAUAAGAACAGCGCAAGGCGUGAUUUAACUUGGAAGUAUGAUUUUCCACUUGCUUAG